AUGGCGGACAAAUUGCGCGUGGGCGACUGCCCGGGCAAUAAAGACUAUACUAAUGCUGCGGUCGUCAUCGUUGGAGCUGGGAUAUCGGGAAUGUGCAUGGCCAUUGACCUCAUAAAGCGCAACAAAUGCCAUAAUUUUGUGAUCCUCGAGAAGAGCAGCGGUGUUGGUGGGACGUGGCAUGACAACAAGUAUCCCGGGUGUUGCUGUGAUGUGACGAGCAUUCUGUACAGCUACUCGUUCGAACAGUCCACCAAGUGGUCGCGACAGUUCCCGGGCCAGGAAGAGCUCCUGAUAUAUCUCACUCAGGUCGCUGAAAAAUAUGGGUUGUACAAACAUAUCCGCUUCAACUCGGAAGUCAAAGAGGCCCGAUGGGAUGACAACGAGAUGAAGUGGAAGGUCAGCGUCGAAGUUUCUGGGGAUAAAGACCACCAAUUCAUGCGUUCCUAUGUCAUGAGCUCGGAUUUCCUCACGUCUGCUGUCGGCCAGUUGAAUUUCCCGCGAGAACCCGAAAUUCCUGGACUGAAAGACUUUCGUAGGAAGAUGAUGCAUUCCGCGCGCUGGGAUUGGACAUAUAACUUUGAAAAUAAGCGGAUCGCCAUAAUUGGGAAUGGCGCGACAUCCGCCCAGAUUGUCCCGGAGGUGGCCAAAGUGGCUUCACACCUCACUGUGUACCAGAGGACUCCCAACUGGGUUAUUCCUCGGCUUGACUCUGCUAUAUCGCCUCUCCAGCAGGCGAUUCUGACGUACUUUCCUCCACUACGCAUACGGAAUCGCUCACUUACCAUGGACUUCCGCGAAGACUUCCACGAAAUCAUCCGAGAUUCGCAAUCAGAUACCGCACAGCUGCUUCGCAAAAUUUGCCAUAAACGUCUGAGAGAACAAUUGCCAAAUAAACCUGAGCUGUGGGAGAAGCUCACGCCCAAUUAUGCUCUAGGCUGCAAACGACUGAUCCUGUCAGACGACUACUACCCAGCGCUUAACCGAGAAAACGUGGACCUAGAAACUCGCCAUAUUUCACGAAUUACAGAUACUGGGAUUGAGGUGGAAGGUGGUAUUCUGCAAGAACAUGAUCUUAUUAUCCUGGCGACUGGAUUUAGGACCGUGGAGUUUAUGUGCCCAAUCCAGAUUUAUGGCUCCAAAGGCCGACCACUUACUGAUAUCUGGAAAGAUGGGGCGUCUGCCCAUCAGGGAGUAACUGUAGAGGACUUACCGAACUUUGGGAUGUUUUAUGGACCGAAUACAAAUCUCGGCCACAGCUCAAUUAUACUCAUGAUCGAGUCACAAUCACGAUACCUCAAUGCCCUGGUAGGAAAAGUGCUCCAGGCCCGUAAACAAGGAAAGACCUUAGCUAUAAAGCCGGAUAUCAAAGCCCUGAAAAAGUACAACCGAGAGCUCCAGGACGCUUUAACACAAAGCAGUUUCGCAGAUUCGAACUGCAGCAGUUGGUAUAAAACCGAGGAAGGCAAGAUCACCAAUAACUGGUCUGGAACCGUGGUCGAUUAUCAGCGCAAAUUAUCGCAGGUCCACUGGGAGGACUAUGUUAUAGAAGGCACAGCAGAGGAUGCCGUCAGCCCUCGAGAAACAACACACGUCGGACGAGUGCGGGAGGAGACAUACAUCACCAAUCGGUCCUUGGCGCUGACAGUGGCGAGCGUGUUGGUGGUCGUUGGCGGGGUUCUGGCCCGUAGUUCCAGUUUGCUGCGAGGUCGCUGA